UAUACCAAGAAAAAGUAGACAACAUGAACUUGGAAUUUUUCUCUCUGUCUUGUUCCUUUUUUUUUGCUGCUGAAUUAGAGUCUUCUGAGUAAAUGUGAGUAUGUGAAGAGCUCAUGAGAAUCACUGAACCCACGGUAAUGGCACGUCACUUCUCUUGCCAGAUAUGAAGCAAUGUGUGAGGUGUGCAGAGGAUCAGUACCCUAAUAGUGACCAAGACCAUUGCCUGUCAAAGGUGGUGACCUUCCUGGCCUGUGGAGAUCCUCUGGGGAUGGUCCUGGCCUGCACAGCCCUUGGUCUGCCUGUGCUCACAGCUGGGGCUCUUGGGGUCUUUGUGAAGCACAGGGACACCCCCAUAGUCAAAGCUAAUAACCAGGCUCUCAGCUACAUCCUGCUCAUCUCCCUCAUCCUGUGCUGCCUCUGCUCCUUCCUCUUCCUUGGCCGUCCCAACACUGCCACCUGCCUCCUCCAGCAAAUGCCCUUUGGGGUCAUCUUCACCAUGGCCGUUUCCACCACUUUGGCUAAAACCAUCACUGUGGUCCUGGCUUUCAAGGUCACAACCCCAGGGAGCAUGAUGUGGCAGUGGUUGCUCUCAGGCCCCAGUGCCCUCACUGCCAUCUGCUUCUUGAUUCAAGGGACUUUCUGUGCAGUCUGGUUGGGGACCUCUCCCCCUUUCAUGGACAUAUAUGCACAUUCAGAACCUGCCCCCCUGAUUGUCAUGUGCAACAAGGGCUCUGCCAUGAUGUUAUAUCUUUCCUUAGGAUACUGGGUUUCCUUGGCCCUCUUGAGCUUCGCCUUGGCUUUCCUGGCCAGGAACCUGCCCAACAAUUUCACUGAAGCCAGGUGGCUGACAUCCAGCAUGCUGGUGUUCUGUAGUGUCUGGAUCACAUUCCUCCCUGUGUACAAUGGCACCAAGGGGAAGGUCACAGUGACAGUGGAGGUCUUUUGCUUCUUGGCUUCCAGUGCUGGGUUACUGGGGUGCAUCUUUGCCCCCAAGUGCUAUCAUAUUCUCCUCAAGUCAGAGAGGGACACCCUGACAAGACUAAGGGGCAAAACCAACUCUGGAGAAAAAGAAAUAUUCUAA